AUGAGCUAUUGUACUGUUCCUAUUAAACCAAGACUAAAACUUUGGGAACAUGAAAUAAAAAAUAUCAUUAUUUAUCCUCAUUUAAAAAGAAUUUUAUCAAUUGCUUCAACAUUAGAUUAUGAAAAUGAUUGGUUAUCAUUAGAAAAAAAGGGAAUAGAUAAAAUUGAAGCUGGUAAUGAAUUUUUUGACAAAUUUGUUCUCACCAAAAGUCUUUGUUUUUUGGAAAUUGCUACAACAAUUAUAUCUGAUUUUCCAUGGAGUGAUUUUUUAAUGAAUAUAAUACCACUAGAAAAACAUAUAAAUUUUACCAAAAUUAUAUUUUCCUCAAAACAUCCACAAAUUGAUUAUAUUUUAAUUAAUAUACUUCCGACAAAAAAAUUUAUACAAAAAUUGAUUGAAAAAAAUGCUGCUUUUACGGAAAUUGGUUGUAAGGGUGAUUAUGAUGAAUGGUUACAAUAUUUUUUACAAACAUUAGAUGAAUUUCCUGAAACUAAAUUUAUUUUGAACUAUUUAGAUAUAGAUUCAACAAAUUAUAUUAAUUAUUCUCAAUAUAAAGUAGAUGAUGAAGGAAUGGCAAGUGAUAGAAUAAAUUUUGAGGAUAAAUUAAUUGUUGAUCCUAAACAUCCCGGAAAAUUUCGAAGUCAAAACAUAUUUAAUUAUAAUAUAAAAGAUACAAUAAAUUUAUUAAGUAAAUUUCAAGUAGAAUUAAGAAAUUAUCAAAAAGAGUGCAUCACACCAGCGUUACUUGGAGAGUCAUGCAUGCUUAUUAUACCAACUAAAACUGGAAGAAAAAUUUGUAUUAAUGAAAUAAUAAGAAAUCAUAUAUCAUUGUCAAUUACAAAUAAUAAACCAUAUAGAGUAUGUCUUCUAGUUUCUUCAUUGCAAUCAUUAUCAGAAGCAAGUGCAGCGUUACAAAAUUUUUUUCAAGGCUCUAUUUCUAUAUUCAGUGGAUGUUUAGGUGAUUUUUCAAAACACACAGUGGACAAACUUUUGGCAAAUGAUGUUAUUGUAGUUACACCUAUAUUUUUCUAUAGAUGUUUAAAUUCUUUAUUAAUGGAACAAAAAAUAUUUUAUGAUGAUUUUACAUUAUUUAUUAUUGAAGAUAUUCAGUGUCAUAAAAAUAGAAUUACAUCAAAGUAUUUGUUUGAGGAUUUAUUUAUGAAAAAAUUGAAUGAUAAUCAAAUUGUUGGAAUUUAUGUAAAUAUAUCUAAAAAUUAUUCAUAUCAUAUUGAUGAUGUAAUAGAUUCAUUUAUUGAAAUAUGUACUGAAACAAGAUUAUCAAAAAUAUCUAUUCCAAAAACAUAUCAAGAAGAAAUGUUAAGUUAUUUUCAAAAUUGUUAUGAUGCUCUGUAUCCUUUUGAUAUUCCAGACUCUUAUCAUAAGGGUCUUAUUGAGAUGAAAGUUAGUAGAUUAUUAAUGAAGUUACAAUUUUUAAAAGAUAAUGGUUAUACUUUUAAUGAGAAUGGAGAUUCACUUCUACCCAGUAUAUCAACAUACGAAUUUAUGUUAGAUUUAAUAAAAAUUGAUUUUGAACUUCAGUUAUCAAAUCAAAAUUUUAAAAUUCAAGAAAUGAUAGUUGUUAUUAAUUGUUUAAAGGAAUACUUUCAUGCCAUUUUAAUAUCUUCAAUUUUACCAUUAUCUUAUACUACUGAGUUUUUAAAAGAAAGGUAUAAUAUACUAAAAAAACACAUUGGGCAUCUUAAUUGUUUUGAUAUAAAUUUUUCUGACUUUAAUAUUAUUAUAAAUGAAAUUAAUGAAUGUUACUCAAGACAGGAUAUUCAACCACCUUUGUUAUUGUUAGAAAAAGUUAUAAAUAUUUUAAAAGAAGAAAUUUUAACUUUAAAUUUACAUCAUAUUAUUGUUUUUGUUCAGACUAAUUAUAUUGUUAAAAAUAUUACAAAAUAUUUUAAUGAUAUAUUUUCAAAUCAUGAUAUCCAAGUUCUAGGUCUUACAAAUGUAGAAGCAAGUAAUGAAAUAUUAAGAAAUACUGUUUUUAAUAAAUUUCAACAAAAAGGAAUGUUUAUAAUGGUUACAACACAUGUUGUUGAUUGGAAAUACAAUUUACCUAAACGUGAUUUAGAUAUUAAUAUCAAUGAUUGCCUUUAUGAUAUGGAUUCAUGUUUAAGAGCUCCAAAAAUAAUAAGAAAAAUGAAUAAAAGAUAUUUAUUUUAUUAUCCAUCAUAUAUCUCUACAUCCUGUGAAAUAAAUAUUCAAAGGCAAAAGACAUUACAACAAUUUUGUAAAGAAAUCUCAAAAAUUUGUAAAAAUGAUGGAAAAAUAAAAAUUGAAAAUUCAAUUAAAGAAUUAAAAUUACAAAAAAGUUGUAUAGAAAAUUAUUAUAAAGAGAGAGAAAAUAGUUUAAAGGGAUAUUCUUAUAAAAUAUUAUGUAAAAAAUGUGGUAAAUAUUUAGUAUCAUCAAAAUCUAUUAGAAAAUAUAUGGAUUAUUAUAUAGUAAUUGAUGGUCAAAUUAUAUGCCCUACAUGUUGUUAUGGAAAAUCAGAAAUUUAUUUAAAAACUAAUGGUAUUGGAGAUUUAAUAUCUCAUGGAUCAACAUAUUUUUGUAAUUUAAAUCCUUCAAAUAUAAUUUUUGAAAAUGAAUCAGGAGAGAGAUUCAAUAAAAAUAAUUGGUAUGAUAUUGAGAAACGAUUAUUAUAUGUGGAGGAAAUUAAAGAAAUAGAGUGGUUAGGUUAUAACAAUGAAUUUAUAAAAACUAACCCUGAUUUGGUUGAUGAUUUAAAUAUGUUAAUUAUAAGUGAUAAAAAUUGUAAGAAAGUCAAAAGUAAAAUUGUCCAUCUCUCUGAAUGCCUUGAAAUAUUUAUAUAA